UGGAGGGCGAGCGGGGGCGCGCGGGGGCGAGCGUGUGGCGCGGCGGCUCCGAGGAGCGGGGGCGAGCGGCGCUGCGGGCCGUGGGAGGAAGCGCUGCGCCCGGCCCGACGGCGCUCGCUCGUUGAGCCACAUCCGCGGGUCGCCGGCGCCUGUCACAGCCCCUCCAUUUUGAAGGAAGGAGGCCGCCGUUCCCACCGCCGGGGCGGCAGCCGCGCUCAUGGCGUUCAGUCCCUGGCAGAUCCUGUCGCCCGUGCAGUGGGCCAAGUGGACGUGGUCCGCGGUCCGUGGCGCGGGCGCGGGCGAGGAAGAAGCCGGAGGUCCCGAGGGUGACCCCGAGGAGGAGGAGGACUCGCAAGCCGAGACCAAAUCUCUGAGUUUCAGCUCGGAUUCUGAAGGUAAUUUUGAGACUCCUGAAGCGGAAACCCCAAUCAGAUCGCCUUCUUGUGGCUCACCUCUAGGAUUGGCAGAACCUGAGGCCAAACCCCAAGACUCACAAGAAACCGCUGAACAGUCCAUAGCAGAAGUAAUCAAUAAGUAUUCACCUGAUCCAUGUUCUAGAUCUUCAGAAAAUGCACCACAGAUGACUGCUGAUGCUCACUCAGUCGGGGAUGCCAAAGGAGAAACCAAACAUGAUGUUAGUAAGGUCUCGGUAGUGAGGCCAUUUUCAAUAGAAACCAGGAGUCCCACAGACGACCCAGCUGCCUAUGGCUGUGCACCUGCGCUCUCAGGCAGGGCUUUGCCCUCCGCUGCAUCAGAAGCCACUCAGGACAAGCCAGUGACAGAAGGAGGCAUGGGGGCUACAUUUGAGGCUUUUACAGAAGGCGGGCUGAAGAAUGGAGAACCGGUGGCCAGCAGAAGCAAGCUGAGAAAGCCUAAACCUGUCUCUUUGAGGAAGAAGACAGCCGGAGGCGAUGCCUCUGAAACGGAAAUGAUCCUGGAGGGGUCGCCUCUCCCUACGGCUUCUCCCCUGUCGGCUCCUGAUGAAUUGGAUAAGAACACACGUCCUACUGUGCUGAGAGGUGCCAGGGCCCUGAAAUCUUCCCUUAACCUUAAAGAGGCUGCGGAUGCUCUCAGUAAUGGCUCCAGCGGCUCAGGGCUUGAGCUGCAGGAGGGGUCCAGGAACUUGCCUCCCAAGCUUGAGUAUGAUUUUACAGAAGGAGGGGAAAAUGUUGAGACCAAGAAUGCCCUUCCAAGGAAGCCUAUUAACAAACUGACACCCAACAUACGGAAAGAUGGCCUCAGCCAAGCAGUAGAUGUUGAACAGCCUGCAGACCCAAGAGUCCAAGAUGCCUCCCUCUCCCAAACGUCUCCUAAGCUAGAUCCUAGUAAAUGGGGCCACCCCAAUGUUAAUUCUUCUGGGAGCUGCCCCGUUCUGCAGAGCUCUCCUCCCUUCUCCUCCAAAGGCUCCUACCACUUUGACGAAUCCGCGGAUCCCUUUAAGCCAGCCUCAGCUUUGACAAGCAGCGCCUUUUGUUCUCCCACUGGUAAUCAUGUUAAUGAAAUCUUAGACUCACCCAAGAAGGCAAAGUCGCGUUUAAUAACGACUACUGAGCAAGUGAAAUUUCUCUGUUUUCUGUUGAGUGGCUGCAAGGUGAAGAAAUACGAAACUCAGGCUCUUGAUUUGGAUUCAUGUUCUCAGGAUGAAGGGGCUGUGAUCUCGCAGAUCUCAGACAUUUCUAAUAGGGACGGCCACGCUACCGAUGAGGAGAAACUGGCGUCCACAUCCUGCGGUCAGAAACCAGCCGGGGCAGAGGUGAAAGGUUUAGAGAAGGAGACAUGCCAGAAGACGGAGAAAGAGGAGUCCGCCGUGCAUGGACUGCUGGAGUCCUCAUCGGAAAAAGCCCCCGUGUCUGUGGCCUGUGGAGGGGAGAGCCCCCUGGAUGGCAUCUGCCUCAGUGAAGCAGACAAGACUGCCGUGCUCACAUUGAUCAGGGAAGAGAUAAUCACUAAAGAGAUCGAAGCAAAUGAGUGGAAGAAAAAAUACGAAGAGACCCGAGAAGAAGUCUUGGAGAUGAGAAAAAUUGUGGCUGAAUAUGAAAAGACCAUAGCCCAAAUGAUUGAAGACGAGCAGAGGACAAGCAUGACCUCUCAGAAGAGUUUCCAGCAGCUGACGAUGGAGAAGGAGCAGGCCCUGGCUGACCUGAACUCUGUGGAAAGGUCCCUUUCUGAUCUCUUCAGGAGAUACGAGAACCUGAAAGGCGUGCUAGAAGGGUUCAAGAAGAAUGAAGAAGCCUUGAAAAAAUGUGCUCAGGAUUACCUGGCUAGGGUUAAGCAGGAAGAGCAGCGAUACCAGGCCCUGAAGAUUCACGCAGAGGAAAAGCUGGACAGAGCCAAUGAAGAGAUCGCUCAGGUUCGCUCAAAGGCAAAGGCUGAGAGCGCAGCGCUCCAUGCUGGACUCCGGAAAGAGCAGAUGAAGGUGGAGUCCUUGGAAAGGGCCCUUCAACAGAAGAAUCAAGAAAUUGAAGAACUGACGAAAAUCUGUGAUGAGCUCAUCGCGAAGCUGGGAAAGACGGACUGAGAUUCCUCCCGUGAGCUGUGCAGAUCUGAGUCUGGCUGCUUGUGUCGUGACCACAAAUUAUCUUGCCUUAUCUAAAAGUAAUCCCUCCUUUGCAGAGAAAAAUAACUUUUUAAAAAGCACAUGCCUGCUGCUGCCUGUCCCGCUGCACCCCACUGCUGCAGCUGGAGCCUGGCUGGUGGUGGGGAAGGAGCUGACGUGUCAGUGGGGGCCUGCGCACCCAGGCUGCCGCUUCCCCUAGUCAGGCUGCUGGGUCCAGCGCGUGCUUCUCCAUCUGCAGUUCAUCUUUACUUUUCCCGAGUGUGUGAAAUUUCUAAUUUUGUGGCAACCGUGUGGGGUUAUCUUCCCAGCACAUAUUUGAUAUUUUUAUGACCUGGUUAACCGUUUAAAUUUCAGUAUCGGCCGUUUUUUUGAAGGAGACAGUUUGGCCCUAUUGCCACUAACAGUUUCUCAGUGAGACUUGAGUUCCCUUUUAUUUCCAGGGAUUUUAAUUUCACUCAUGCAUGCAUAUGUGUACAUGCUGCCACUGUCCCCUGAGGCAUAUUCAGAUAUGGAUGUUUAGGGAGGAGCAUAGUUACAUAAAUCAACACAGAUCAGAGUCUUCUUUGGAAGCAGAGCCUAGGUCUCAAAGCCAGCUUCAGACUUUGUAGGACUGACAACACUGCACCGUUGCUCGAGUGUUUCCUAUACACAGAGCCCUGGGUUCGAUCCCCAGAACUACAGAAACUGGAUGCUGUAGUGCAUGCCUGUAAUUCCAACACUCCAGAAGCAGGGGCAGGAGAAUCAGAAGUUCAAGGUCAUCCUCAACUACAUAGCUACUUGGAGGCCAGCCUGGGCUGUAUGAGACCAUGUUUCAAAAAAAGGGGUGAGCGGAAGUGUGGUGACAUCGUAGCUGUUGGGAGGGUAGGGCAGAAAAGCCGUUGGGACCUGGAAUAUAAGGGCAGCACAGCAUGAGGCAGAAUAGACCUUUUCUCAGAAAUCAGAGGCCCGCCAAACCAAAAUUUGAGUCAGGGUGGGGAGAUGAGGGAUGUGAAGAUCGGGAUGUAGGUUUCAUGUCCAAGGAAGACUUUGCUGUGCUGUUUGUUACCCUGGUGCUUGGACCCUUGGGUCCCAGCCUGGCCCCUUGUGCUCAGACUGAAUGAGCAACAGCGUGGGCCUCCCUCAGGUCUCACAUCUGAUGGAUGUGUCCACCUGGGGGCAGUUGGUCUCUAAAACAAAACCAGCUGUUGUUAUCUAUUUGAAAUACACACAAAAGGGGCUUGGGAAAGGGUCAGCUGGUUUUGUUAAAAGAGAGGGCAGCCUAGGGACCAGUUUGGGGUGGAGGGCUGUGGUUUUCUGUGUUUACAAGCAUGGCACUUCAGAGACUUUAAAACAACACACGUUUUCAUGCUGGAGGUGGACUUUAAAGCCAAACAGGCAGUAAAAAGUCAUCCCCCAAGUCGGCUUGAAUGCGGGGGAGGGCAGCGUAGGGAGGAGGUCCACACAGACAAAAUGAAAUCCUGUGAACACAGAAUGGGGGAUGUUAACCCCCAAAGAGAAAUUUCCCACCCUGCUGUCAGUGAGUUCCUUUCCAUUUGAUAGGCAAAACCAGAUCCAUUCCAGCUUUAAUGUGUUUUUUGGCCUUCGUCAUCUACCCUGAGUCAUCGUGAAUAUGCACUAUUCAGUACACACACGUUUUCCUCCUUGUCAAACUAUUGCAGGAGCCAGCUCCAGAAAUGAAUUAUGCCUCAUGGAGAAACUGUAGGUCUCAGAAACAAUGUCCCUCUAGUGGUGUGUCACCAUGCAGGUGCAGGCUUCAGCCCCAGGGAGCGAGCAGUGUCUUUUCAAGCUAGAGGUCACAUUUUGUCAAUGUGUGCUUGUUAUAAUUGUGCUUAGGUUAGGCUGUAUUUUAAAGGCCUACUGUCUUACCAUUUUGUACAAAACCACGAACAAGUAGAAGCUACCUGUGGUUGGAGGAAUGGCUUGACAAUCAUUUAGUCACAGAGGCUUAAUGUGACGGCUGUAGCCAUAGACAUUAUUGUGGGUUCAAGUGUCUUCAGGGGACAUACCUGACGUCAGCUUAACUCUCUUCCACAAGGGAAGUUAACUUUGCAUUUCAGGAAACACUGCAGAAGUUUCUGCCACAGUGUAAUGGUGGUGUCCGUGUGUGAUUGGUAUUGAUUUUUUUUUUUCCAGUAUGAGUGGUCUCCAUCAAAAAAAUCUCUCAUCCUUGUUUCCUGAAUUUUUUUUUUUUGGUAGUGCUGGGACUUGAACCCGGGUCUUGAACAUGCUAGCUAGGCAAGUACUCUACUGUGGAGCUGCAUCUCUGGCCCCAGUCAUCUUUCUAAGCCUGUGCAAUUUUAAAGCAUCCUAUGCUGUAUGUUACAAAGCAUAGAAGAGGCAUGGUGCCUGUCCUUCCCUGCCACACUGGCGGAAGAGACCCCUUGAAAAACAGGCCCUGCUAAAUGAGAUUGCUGUGCAGGGGACAUGAAAUAGCUCUGUAAGCAAUGUCUGCCAGUGGCCUCUUAGUCAUCACCAUUGCCAGGAAAUUUCUGCAGCAUCUAGUUUGUGGAUACUCUCCAACAAGAAUAAAAAAUGUAGCUUGCACAGCUGGAAAAUUAAGAAAGUAUACUAGGCAGAGGAAAGAAUACUUAUUUUUCUUUUAAUUAAAUGAGCCCUAAAAAGCUCUUAGUACUCUAGAGAGUAAAAAUACAAAGUUUCCUUCCACACAUGCUGGGGGGCCAAAAUACUUGUUUGUUAGGCAGUUAAAAGGGGGACCAGGCCUGGUGGUACAUGCCUAUAAUUUUGGCUUUCUGGAGGCAGAGGCAGGGACCAAGAGUUCGGGCCUGCCUGGGCUAUACAAUGAGAUCCUAUCUUCAAAGAUUUAAGAGCUACUCGGUAGUAGCAUUUUUUUUUUUUUAACCACACACACAAGGCAUUGGUGUACAACCCCAGCAUUGUAAAAAUAAAUAACAAAACCCCUAAAACACAAAGGAAAUAGAAGCUACUGACUCAGAAAGUGGUUUGGGAGCGUUGGGUGAACCUGUUGAGACUCAGCAUAGACCCAUUUCUCUAGUUCCUCUUUGCCAAAGUGUCGACAGGUUUUACCUGUCAGUAUCCCAGACCCGGUUACUGUGUGCUUACGCUGUUUGGAGACUGGUAACUUUCUUAAAUUUUGUAUUCUCUGCUUGGUGCUCUAGUGUGGAGCCUAGCAUCUUCAGAAGCAGACCAAAUUAGAAAGCGCUCAGUGCAGGGCUCUCUCGGGAGGGUGGUCCCUAUCACUUAGGAUUCGAGUUCAGGCUCAGCUUCCUUCCCAGGCAGAGCCCGCUUUCUCCCUGUGCAGACUUGGCACUGUCCGUGCACAGAUCAUUCACCAGGCAGCCCUGGAUUGACCACAGUAGACCGAAGCUCUCACCUGCAGCAGAGAUAGCUCAGGCUAGACAGGGCCCCUCUGCAGCUCACCGGCAUCGGGAGCCAUGACAGAGUUCAGGGCGCACCAAACUGAAAGUGGUGCAGACCGUCUGUAGUUCCUUUCCUUGGUCUCCAUUUCAUUCCGUGGUCUUUCGACUUGGUCAUUCCUGCUGUCUCUGUAGGUCUGUGACGCUCUGCGUUCCUGCUGUCUCUGUAGGUCUGUGACCCUCUGCGUUCCUGCUGUCUCUCUGUAGGUCUGUGACCCCCUGCGUUCCUGCUGUCUCUGUAGGUCUGUGACACUCUGCGUUCCUGCUGUCUCUGUAGGUCUGUGACACUCUGCGUUCCUGCUGUCUCUCUGUAGGUCUGUGACCCUCUGAGCCUGCUCUCAGGUUGCUUUUCUUGAGACAAGAGAAUGUAGGUGUUGAAAGAGUCUGAUUCAAGCAAGGAAUUUGAAAAUGUAUAUAUUAUGAAGAUUUUUAAGGGUAGGAGGUUAUUAUGUACUUACUAAAGAACAGAUAAAGUCUGGGAAUCCCCGGGUACCAAGCCAAAGGUCUGGGAUAUCAUCUUUCAAAAAGUUUUAAUAACAAAGUUAUUUAAAGGAAACUAAUGUUCAGAAAGGUUUGACUGGUUUCCAGAUUCCAGUUAUUUUUUUUUAAAGCGAUUUACUAGGGCUGGGGGUGUAGCUCAGUUGGUGACACACUUGCUCAGCAUGCUCAAGUCCUUGGAUUUCAUCCCUAGUGCUGGGGAAAAAGCAUUUACUACUAAAUUCUUCAGGGUCCCAUAUGGAUAAGAAAGGGAAACAAAUGUCUAGAAACAGCGUGUCUCCCUCUUGGUUCUCUCCCGAACCAGUGCAGAGCACAGGCAAGUCACUUGCAGAGACUACAGAUUGCACUUCUGGUAGUUUCCAUCCAAAUGCAGCCCCCUCUCUGUGCCUGUCAGCCUGCAGUCAGAUGUGGACAAAUAAGAUUCCUGAGGAAUGACUUUCUUUACUGUGGUUUCAGCUUUAUGUAAACACAUAGAUUCCCGUAUAGUUCCAGUAUGGAGAUGCUGCUGCAAUGCUGGCCUUAGGUAGUCUGUAUGAUGCUUUCACUGCUCAGAGGAGACCAAGCAUGGGGCUGAGGUAUGGCCUUCCCUGUAUGGAGUUGUGUAUGUCAAGAUGCCGCUUUGCCUUUUUGUGGUAUCUGAAUAUGCCCAACAAAAGUGCUUCCUCUUACACAACUGACUCUAUAUUUGUGAAUAAUUUUCAAAUGGACACAGAAAUUUGAACUCUGAAACCACAUCUGAUACAGGGCAGUGUCUAGGUUAAUCCUGCAGCCUCAGCUUCGUCCAUUGCAACCCCUGGGACAGGAUUCAGUCAUUCUGAAGUCCCAAGGCAGUAGUCAGCUUUCCAGUAUCGCUGUUAGCGAGUCUGUAUUUGCCAGUAGAUGCCCACUGUACUAACGUGCCAAGUGUUUAUUGCACAUCUGCUCCCAUCGUGUCCCCGGUGCCCUAAAGUGUGUGAGGAGCCCCUCACUGGGUGUGGGGGGCACCUGCCGCGCUGGCUCCUGUUGUCAGGGCUGUGUUGUAUGGAAUAAUCAUCCCCAUAGAUUUUAUACACAUAGUAAUUUCCCUUUUUAUAUGUCAGGUAAAUAUUUGUAAAGGUUAUACUCACACAAAAGAAUUAUUAUGAUAAUUACUAAUAUAUUUUUUCCAUGUUUCAUUGCCUGAAUAAAAACUGUUUACCACUGUUAA